AUAAAAAAUUUGAAAUAAAAGCAAGAUGAAAGAUUUGGUAUCGAUGAGUGUUCAAUUUCAGGAAGAUUUGGUAAAGAGAAACAGGUCUCAUGUGAAUUCUACUACAUUCGACGAGUCGUUACUAAACAAAAGCAAAUUCACCAAUAUUUCAAGCAAUGUUUCUCAAGAAGAGGAACUGAAUAGAAGCAGGUUACCAACAGUGGCAUUUUAUUCUAGUGAUAAGUGGAAGACUAAUUCUGGGUUCAAUCCCAAGUAUUCUUUGUCUCAGAAAAGAGAUAAGAAUGCUACAGGAGGUCAUAGAGGAGUCACUCUCAACCAAGUUUUCCACAACAAUGUCAUCAUUAAUCCAAAAAUGAUAAAGAAGAAAAGAAGACAUAGAGGAAGGAACAGAUUUGAAAAUAAGUCAGUUUAUUGGGACCCAAAUUACACUAAAAAGAUCCUUCUAGAUGAUGGAUCAAGGGAAUUUGCCAGCAUGGCUAGGAGAUCCAUAGAGCCUGAAAGUCUUAAUCAAGACUCCUUCCUCCCAAUUCCGAAGAAAAGUAUCGAUGAUUCUCAGGUGGAAUGUUCAACUACCGAAAUUAGGUCCAGAAAAGAGCCUUCGCUUGCAAAGAUAUCUGUCAGUAGCGAUACUAUAUUACAAUGGAUCAAGGAUACUCUGGAAGAUGCUACAUAUUUUCAAACUCCUGAUACUUUCACAGGAUCAGAUAUCAAAAACAACGUGAUGAGGCAGUAUAAAAUAGAUAGAGAGUUUUUAAGUAUCUGUGGGAUUCCAGAAGAGGCUAUCUCUAGACUUUACAGAUGCUUAUUCGUAUAUUCCAUAGGGUUUAAUGACCUUCUGAAAACCCUCCUCAGUCAUUGAAAAGACAAAGCUUCCUUAAUAUCCUCAAUCUGGAGAGCAUUUACAGUAAUCUUAGAGUAUAGCUGUAAGGUAGAGUACAAAGCCUUGAUCAAUAAAUAAGAUUGAAGAGCACCAGAAUGAAAUCACUAAGAUUGAAAAAGAUCAUGAAGAAGCUAUAAAAGAUAUUAAAUUAGAAGUCUUGGAGUUACGCAACAAAAUCUCAGGAAUGGAUAAAUAUGUGAGACAGUGUGAGAAGGAAAAAUAGAGAAGCAAUUGAAGCUAAAGAAUUCAUUCAGGAGCAGAUUAAGAAUAAAUCAGAAGAGUAUGAGUAUGAGGUACAGUUAAGACUGCAAUUUGAAGCAAAGCUAAAUUCUCUCCAUUCGGCACAUAGAGCUGUUGAGGGAGAGUUCAGGACAACAAAAGCUGAUAGAGACAGAUAUUUAGAAGAACUCGUCCGAUUUAAAGGUCUUUAUCAAAAUUUUAGAAAGCAAUAUUUCACAUGAAAUUCCGAAAAAGAAACUCUUGAAUCACAACUAUCCUUUAGAGAACAACGAAUCAAAAGUCUAAUUCGUGAAAAUACCCUACUCCAGGAAACACUGCAUGAAUACGAAGAAAGAGUUGGGAUCAAAAAUAGAAGAGACAAAGCACAAAUAGAGGUAGACUCCAAGACAGGAAAAAGGAUCAGCGUUGAAGAAGCCUUAAAAGAGCUACACUCAAUUUCGGAGGUGAACCAGGAUCUUAAAAAUGCUGAAGGGAUAUCUCCGAAUCCUAAAUAUCUUCCUAAAGAUCAACCCCAGAUCUACGAGGAAAGAUACAAUGAACUUAAUGAAAAAUAUCUGGUAAUCCAAAGUGAGCUGAACACCUAUAAAGCUAAAGAAACCAGCGAUAAUGGAAUUGUCAAGGAAAAAGAUGAACGAAUUAGCAAGCUUAAGGCUCAAAUUGAAGAACAUCAAGCCAACCACAAUAAACUGGAUGACAAGUAUCAGAUACUCUUAAUGGAUAAUAAAUCAUGAAAAGAAACUCUGAAAUCAAGAGAGCAAGAACUUCAUGAAGUCACUGAAAAGCUCAAGAGCAUCAAUAAAGCAAGAAAUAAGGGAAAAACUGAACUAAACGUGCUUGAGAAGAAAAUUAGAGAGCUACAAGGUCUCUUAGAUAAGAGUCAAGAGGACCAAGAGAUGUUAACAAAAAGACUAGAGAACACAACAUCAGAACUUACCAAGAUUCAUUCCGAAAAAGAAGAGGUCCAGAACAAACUAAAGGAUACUGAACGAUACCACGCUCACUCCAUAAAACAAUACGAAGAUAAACUAAGCACAGCCAUGGAAAUUUCAGCCCAAAACAAGAAAAAAUAAAGAAGCCUGGGCUCAAAACUACGAAAAAGAACAAUCCUCCCACUCCCUCACAAUGUCCAACCUAACCAAACUCCAAACAACCCUCAAAGAAACCCAACUGAACCUCCAAACCCUCAAAAUCACCACCAAAUCCCUCGAAUCCCAAACAGCCGCACACAUUUCCAAAACCACCACUCUUAACACCUCCCUUAUAAAAUCCUCCCUCCAAAAUGACAAGCAUCUAAGGGAGAUAGCCACUCUUUCAAAACUUUUGGCCCAUUCAAAAUCUGCUCUUGCUAAAGCGCAAUCCAACUUCGCAGCCCAACUCGCCUCACAGUCAAAGUCCUUCUUGCUCAAAUCCUCUCUUUCCCUCAUGGAGUCUGAAGACCUUCGGUCUUCCCUCCUUCGUGAACGAAGGAGGGUGACCGAGCUGAAGGCCAAGCUCGAGGACCAGAGCCUUGCGCUAGAGCAUGAGAGGGAGAAGUCAAAGCAGAUGAAGGAGAAAACAGAAAAGGAAGAGAGAGAAGGAGAAGAGGAGAGAGUGCUGUUAGAAGAGAUGCAGAUGGUGGUGGAUGAGUAUAGGGAUUGAUAUGAAGAGGUGUCGGGGAAGUGGAAGAAGGAGAGGAAGAGUCGACAGAUUUUGGAGAGAAGUCGCCAGAUUGAUAUGGAUAGAGUCAUGAGAGAUGGGAAGAAGGAGGUCAAAAAUUUGGAAAGUAAGGUUAAGAAGUUGGAGAAGAUUGUGAGAGAUCAGAAACUUGACUUUAGUAAAAAGCAUAAAAGUAAUUUGAAGCCGCAAGCUGCUUCAGUUCAAGCAUCAGUUCCCACUCGAACUAUCUCCACUGCUACAGCAACCACUAUGAAAAACAUUGAAGACCUCAAAUCUACCUUAGAAAGUACCCAAAAGGACUUCCAGAGCCUAAAAAUCCAAACCCAAGUCUACAAACUCAAAAUCACAGAUCUCGAAUCAAAAGAGGCAAAACUCCAAUCCCUCCUCCCAGACUCCACUCUCACUCCCAAAUACCUCCCUCCAUCGCAACCCAUCAUCACCAAUCCUGGUCCAUCACCUCCUCGAAUCCCACCAGGGCCCACACCCAUAUUCAGUGCAUUCUCUAGUUCAACUUUCCAACCUCCUCGCCACACACAUGCAUCUAUUCCUACUAGAACACCUGUAGCCACAGUGACUCGAUUCGGCAAAACUUCAGGAAGAGGCUCGACCAAGAAAAGGAACAAGGACUUCAAGAGCUUGAUGAGGAUAGUAUAAUGGUGUACAUAUGAUCUUCCAGUGAACUUUAUCCACAAAAGUAAUAGCCCAAAAUUAUUCUUGCGUUAUAGCUAGUAGGAAGUAAGUUCAAUAUUUUGAAAAUAAGUG